AUGCUACGGAUGCUGGCCUGGGCAGCAGAGCACAGCUCCUGUCCUUUGUUUGCACUGGCCAUUUUCGAAGGUCAGGCCGCCAGAGGGCUCCAGCUGAUCCGCCCGCCCGGCAGAGGCCGCCUCUUGCGCGGAGGAGUCUUGCCGCGGCGCAGCUUCCUGCGCCUGACUCAGCUGCCAGCCGAGGCGAGGAUUGGCUGGCGGCGGCCGGGAGCUCAGCCUUGCCUUAGGAAGUCCAGCCUCGGCGUCCAGGCAGUAACCCUUGAGCAGCCGCCGCCGCCUCCUCCGAUUGUCCCCGACGCGGUGCUGCAGCGCUUGGGCUUGCUCUGGCGCCAGCCCUGCCCGUCCGCCGGGCGCGCGAGUGCUCCGGGCGCCGCUCUCUGCCGGCGAUCCGUCGUGCUGCAGCGGGUCUCGCCCGUGCCUGUCAUUGAAAAGAUGGUGAAUGAGGAAGAGGAGGGUACUCCCAAGCAGGGUGGCCCUAGGCCCGCAGAACCGCAUGGGAUGCUUUCUGAAAGUUGCCAGAGUCAUGUGUCUCCAGACCUUGAAUCAGAAGGAGGUGAAACCAAUGAGACUAGUUCACAGAUGGAACCGAGCGGCUUGAAGCAUGACUUGGAGAGCGACUGUCUUCCCAUCAAUGGUGACCUUGUGGAGGGUGGGAGGGUUUAUCCAUCGCAGACGCAGUAUAUUUGCCCUGUUUGCGGGGAAUGUUUUAAUGGGAGCUCCUGCCUUGUGGAGCAUCAGAGGGUCCACAAAGAGGAGAAGCUGCACCUGUGCCCUGUGUGUGGGAAAGGUUGCGGCCAGGAAGCUGACUUGGUCGAGCACAUGCGGAGUCACACCAAUGAGAAGCCAUUUUCUUGCCUUGAGUGUGGGAGGAACUUCCUUUUCAGCUCAGACCUGGUGGCCCAUCAAAAGGUCCACACCGGGGAGAAGCCUUACGUUUGCCUGGAAUGUGGGAAAGGCUUCUCCCAGAGUUCUCAGCUGAUGUCUCACAGGAGAGUCCAUACAGGGGAGAAGCCCUACGAGUGCAUCAUCUGUGAGAAGAGCUUCCGGUCCAACUACGAUCUGGUCAACCAUCAGAGGAGCCACACCGGAGAGAAACCUUACAUCUGCUCCGACUGUGGGAAAAGCUUUACCCGGAGCUCACACCUCAUUUCCCAUCAAAGAGUCCACACUGGUGAAAGGCCCUACCCUUGUGGGAUCUGCGGGAAGCGUUUCCGGGACUGCUCCCAUCUGAUUCGGCACCAAAGGGUCCACACCGGCGAGAAACCAUAUGAGUGCUCCAUCUGUGGAAAGAGCUUCCGGGUCAAUUACGACCUGGUCACCCAUCAGAGGAACCACACCGGAGAAAAACCCUACGAAUGCCCCGAUUGCGGGAAAGCCUUUAAGCGGAGCUCCCACCUGAUCUGCCAUCAGAGGGUCCACACCGGGGAAAGACCCUACCCCUGUGGCAUCUGUGGGAAGAGCUUCAGCUACAGCUCAGACCUCAUUAAGCACCAGAGAAUUCACACAGGGGAGAAACCUUACGAAUGUCACAUCUGUGGGAAGAGCUUUCGGAUUAACGCUGACCUGGUCACUCACCAGAGGAUUCACACUGGAGAGAAACCUUAUACCUGCUCCGACUGUGGGAAAUGCUUUGCCCGGAGCUCACGUCUUGUGUCCCACCAGAGAGUCCACGUGAAGGACGGGAGCCUGGGAACUGCUCUUUCUGAGACUGAGUCCUCCCGGCCAGGAGCAGCUACCUUGUCCCCAGCUCUUGAGCAUCCCUGGGCCAAGGAGGAGAAGCUGGCCCCGUCCCUUAAGCAAACCAGCGAGCCUGUGGCCCUGACCAGCCUGGGAACUUCUACCCAGUUUGUCCUUGGUGAUGCUCCUCAGGCUGCCCAUGUGAGUGAAAUAAAGAUGGAGUGCAGGAGCUGAGAGGCAAGCAAGCUGGAUGGGAAACCCCUACUUUCCAGUAACAAAGUAGUGUAGAGACUCCAGAGCCCCUUGUCCACUUCAGUUAGCCUUCACGGAAAGCUUAAAGGGAUCCUUUGCUUGAUGAAACUAGAUACUAUCCAUGAGCUGUUUUUUCCCAGUGUGCAUAUUGAAGGAGGUGUGGGUUGACCCAAGAAAGAAUGAAGUGUCUGCCCCACAGCAUGGUCUUGCCAGCCAUAUUUAAAUUAAAAGCCAUUUUGACAUUGGCUGGCUCUACUUCCCCAAAGAAAUUCUUGGAAAUACAGUUUCUUGAGGAUUCUUGAUUAGAAAUGUGUAGAGUAGAGGUGGGAGGGGAAGUAUACAAAAAUGGAUGAAAUGUUGGAACUCCUUCAAAAAUGUAUUUAUUGAUGCAAGCUAAAACAAGCAAAAAUGGCACUGCUAUAUAUGGGUUGCCUUGAAAUGACAAAUGGAGCAAGAAAAAUAUAACCGAAAUUAGUGUUUAUUGUAGGAAAGUGUUUCUCUUUAAAAUAAUGCAAAGUGAUCAUCUUUUAUUCAUCAUGGCUGUUUCUAAAAGAUCAGUACAACCCAGGAUUUAUUUGCUCUGUUCCUCAGUGGGAAGCCAUGACUCUUAAAGCAACUGAAUAUAAAUAUACUCAGAUUUUUUUUUCUUUUAAGCACCGUCUUCUGCUUCACCGAAACAACAUUCUGCUGUUUAUUAUCUCCUAACAAUUUCUCCUACGAUUGUGUGUGCGUGUGUUUAAUAAAAAUGCUAUCGCUAUCAAAAACACUUUAGUUGGAUAGAAUAAAGCUUUAAGUCAUUAGUAACAUUAUUUAACUUAAUUUAUGAGCCAUGACCCUUUUGUACAGGUUGACCACUCACACAAAGAGGGAUGUAAGGGCAUUCUUGUUUAUUUCUCCCUCUGGUUUCUCACUGAGAACCUGUGCAGGCCCGUGCUCAGCACUUCAACUGGGCAUGUCCUCGUGUGUGCAGAUUGGAAGCAUUCUGGUGGAUCUUCUCUUCUGUGGUAGUACAGUGAAGGCACAUCUCCAUUGCUUCUUAUUUCAAGGUGCAUUUAAAUAGAAGCUGAGGAAUUGCAAUCCAGCUAUCCAAAAUAUAAACCGAGUAUGACGCAGGAGUCUUGAUGCGGUUGUUUCUGUAUGAUAGAAACAUUUGUGCUCUUCCCUGGUGAUUCACCACUGAUCUCUUCUUGUUUACUGUAUUCUUGCUAUACAUUAAUCCUUUUCUUUUGCCUGAAAUCUCAGAUGUUUGCUCAAGGUCUGCCUGAAGGGGAAGAUGGAGUGCUGGUAGUGGGUUUAGGCAGCUUUAGGUGCAAUCACAUCAGGGCUUGAUUGUGAGUAGAGGUGCUUGGGACUAUAUUUAUAACUUGAUAGCAGCUAACAAAUUGAUUGUGAAAACCGUCCGUUGUUCCAGCUAUAGGUCUCACCCAUUGCCGUAGGACAUGAGAAAUUGCAUGCAGAUCAGUAAGCAAGCUGAUAAAUUGAAUGCUUUAUCCAUCCCUAGAAGUUUUUUUAAAAAGUCAGAGGAGGAAGCUCUGAACAAUGUCCUUAUCUAUGGUGCCUAGGUUCACACAUCUCUCUAAGCCACAGUUUUAUUUAAUAAUAUGUUGAAUAAGCCAUAGCACGCUGGGUUCACACAUUGUGCAAACCUUAAAUUAGGGUCCAUGAACCACAAAAAAACAAUGGAUGGGUUCACACAACUUACUAAAACAGCACCAGAGCAUCUGCAUUACUGGUUAAAUGAAAACCCAGCCAGUCAGGACUCUUCCCUGUUGUGCAAGUUCUCAGUUGCCAGUACACCUGUUUUCUGGUCAUUUUAAAAAAUAAAAUCCAGUCAUUUUUGUGGCCUUGUUUAUACAUAUGUAACAAAAAUACCGUUACUCAGAUCAAGGGCAGAGGUGGGGUUUGGUGGUAGAGAAGUGCUGUGCCAAUGUAUGCCUUGGUAUAACCCGAGCAAGCUGGUAAUAAGUCAAGGUUGUGCAAGACGUUUUUUGUAAUUGUUGAACUGCAUCUCCCAGAAUUUCCUGCCAAUAAAGACUAUUGUGACCGGGGAUUCUGAAAGAGGUAGCUCAGUGUGUCUGGAGAGCACCUUGUUGGGGAAUGCUGUACUGUGGCGCAUUGCAGUAGAAUGGCACCAGCUUAGUCCUAAAGUUUUCAGCUGCUACUGCCCAAAGUACUAGACUACCAAUGAUGCACUUGUCCACAUCAGCUUGGAGAAACAACUUAUUUGAAGAUGCGUAAGCCUCUGGGCUAACAUAAAAGGCUGAUUCUAACCACUAGAAUAAAGGAUAUUCUGUGUUAAUUUGGCCAUAUUAUGUAAAAAAAUGUGCAGUUGAUAAAAUGUUUCCCUCUUGCUGGAUUACACAACUUUCACAGCUUUAAGGAGCGACUUUCAGAUUAUCAUCAGUUUAUUGCAUCUAAUUUAAUAGAAAUAGCCAGAACAUUGAUUUAGAGACUGCACUGAAGCCUGUCCGUGCUCCUACCCCCGAUUGAAAAACUACUAAAAACUGGAAAAGGAUCAUUUCACCAAGUAGUAAAAAGUCUGAAGUUAUCUGUUGACUUAAAGCAAAACUAAAGGUGAUGGUGGUGGUGGUGGGGAUGAUUGUUUAACCUUUUUGCUUGCUUUGGUAGUCUGUCCUCUUUAGAGAUUAGAAAGUGGGAAACAACCAGAGGCUCUGCUACUAAGAAUGGAAGAUUUAAAGUCACUGAAGUGGCCAGAAGCUAAAUAACAUGGAGGAGGAAGGAAAAAUAAAGGACCCCUUUGUGGGUCCUGCCAGGAGAAUUGUCCUGCAUGCUCCUGCUUAGCUGCUCUCUCUGUGUAGAUGUCUAAACAUUGCAGCUGAAACCUUUUCUUUCUAAAUUUUGUAAUGAUACUUGUAAGCUAGUGUCUUCCCAGGCUUCACCUUGGGAAUAAAAUAGGGCCUCUGCAGUUCUAGGAAGUGCAGAAGGCAGACAUAUUCCAGUGUCCAUGCUCGACUGUUUCUCAACCUUGGCAGCUUGAAGAUGUGUGGACUUCAACUCCCA